AUGAAGGUCUCUGUUGCAAUUAUUUUCAGUUUAGCGGUCACUGCUGUGUUUCUUGUGAAUGCUACAUCUAUUGCUGGAGGACUUGGUAAAGCCAAACUCGCCACUCCAGAAAUCCAACAACUUGUUGAUUCUGUGCGCGAUGAUAUAAUCAGCCAUCUUCCUAUUGGAUACGACAGAGAAAUGCCGCUGCCACUUAAAGCUCGUUUUUACAGGGAACAAGUGGUCGCUGGCACGAACUAUUUUAUCAAGAUUCAAACAGGCCCCUUAAGGUUUAUCCACGUUAGAAUUUAUGAAAAUCUUGAUGGAGUCGCUUCUGUAACCGGUAUCCAGCUUCAAAAAUCCAUUAGAGAUCCGAUUGAAUACUUUUAAAACUGUCGUGAUAUUACUAAAUAGUCUUUUGAUAUGGAUAUUUUUAAAUGAUUUGAUUUCUUGCUAUAAAGUAAACGAAUAAAGUUUAGAAAAAGAGUUUAAGGAAAAAAAUUACUUUUUUUACUUCACAUGAUAUAACACCUAAAUUUCAAAAGUUAUAAGAUGAUAGCGGAUAUUGCGGUUUCACAACAUCAUCCAAAUACUGAAAUAAAUGAAUUUCAUGACAUCAA